AUGCUCGCGCGUGCAAGGUCAACGUCCUCGCAGAGCUCGCCGACCGGUACGAUGCCCAGCAAGCCCGGAGUGCCCGCAGAAGACAGCCCGCCGCCGCCGUACUCGUCGCCGUCGUCCCAGUCGAGCGAAGACGCCCAACCUCCCGGAGUUCGUCGUGCCGCCUCGUCCGCACGGGUCGCGCGCCCUACCUACGACGACAGCGACGGUCUCUCCGAGCUUACGGUGUCUUCUGACGGAAGGCAGCCGAGCACGAGGCGUUCAGUCGCGCAUCUUGCGGUCGUGACUGCGCAUCCCGCUCCUGCUCCCGCUCAUGCUGCAGACCCACACUCCUUCACGAACAGUGCCCCUUCCCUGGCACAUCCCCACAUUCCUUCGCAGUAUCUGUAUAGCUACCCCGCUUCUGGCUCAUACCCUUCCCAGGCUUCGUUCGAGGCGCACCAGCACGCUUACGGCCGUUCGACCGCGAGUGCGUACCCUUACUCGACCGCCCCGACUCCGUCGACCUCGUCUUCGGCGUACUACGGUACCGAGUACCCCAUCACGCAUUCGCCGAGUCCGCCCAUCGCCGUCGACCCGACCUCAACCUCGCCCGCCUGGCCGCCCGUCUCGCUCUCGCCAGCCGUGCCGUCGGGCUUCACGACCCUCGACGCCGGCCUCGCCGCCCUCUCGCUGACGCACUCGCCGCAGGGAAGCCCGCACGACGCCUACCACCCGCACUUGUCCGGCUCGCCCGACGCUUUCGCCCACUACGCUCACGCCUACCCGGCUUCCUACCCGUACUCGGCCCCGCCGUACCCGCAGCAAGGGUUCUUCUACCCUCCGCCGCACACGCAGGCGCACGCUCAGCCGUCGAUGCCGUCGUACGCGCCAAACGGGUUCGCCGCCGCCGCUUAUCCGUACAGCUCGACCUCGCUCGUCCCGCCGCCCUCGCACUCGCCCGACCUCGCUCGCCCCCGCACGCGCGGAGGCAGCAUGUCCCCGCUCAGCGCGCAGCACAUGGUCGCCACCGCCAGCCACGACUCGAAUGACGAGUCCAAGUGGAGUCCGUUCAGGCGCAGCAUCGAGGAGGGCGAGCACCCGAUGAGUCGCGGGACGUGCAAGUUCUUCAACCCGGGCAUUGGAUUCGGCUACAUCGUCGACGACAGGGCUGAAGAGCUCGGUACCGAUGUCUUCGUCCACUACACCGGCAUCGACCUUCCUCGCGGCUUCCGCUGCCUCUCGCAAGGCGAACGCGUCGAGUAUGUCCUGACCAAGAACAUGCGCAAGAACCGCAUCCAGGCUCUCCGCGUCACGGGCGAGAACGGCAUGCCCCUCAUCGGGCUCACCGGCAACCCCCAGCACGUCCGCACGAUCCAGCGCACCCGCCGCCCGCGCUCGAACGGCGACCCCUCCUCGCUCUCGGACUGA